AUGUCUGAAUCGGUUGUUAGAACGGCCUUUGAUCCCAAGGACAUGGUGUUUCGUCACCUUGGUCCUACUGGAUUGAAGGUUUCAGUCUUCUCACUAGGGGGUUGGCUCACCUACGGUGGUACCCAGAAAGGAAACAUUGUGAAGGAAAUUCUCCAAACUGCAUGGGAUCAUGGAGUCAACUUCUUCGAUACUGCCGAGGUUUACGCCAAUGGCUCAUCAGAAAUCGAAAUGGGCAAUGCUCUCAAGGAGCUCAAUUGGCCCCGUGAUGAAUACGUUCUGUCAACCAAGAUUUUCUUUGGUACUGGCCGCAAAGAACCCAAUACCCGUGGUCUCUCACGGAAGCACGUUGUUGAAGGUCUUAAGAGCUCUCUUGAGCGCCUACAGCAACCAUAUGUCGAUAUUGUUCUUGCUCACCGACCGGACUAUGCAACUCCAAUGAAGGAAAUUGUCGAGGGAUUUACUCAGGUCAUUCGCAAUCUCAAUCUUGCCUAUUAUUGGGGUACUUCCGAGUGGUCGGCAGCUCAAAUCACCGAGGCCACACUCAUUGCCGAAAAGUACAAUUUGAUUGCACCUAUUGCUGAACAACCCCAGUACAAUGCCUUCCACCGUGAGCGCUUUGAGGUUGAAUACGCACCCUUGUAUGACCAAUUCAAGUACGGAACCACCAUCUGGAGUCCUCUCGCCUCAGGUUUGUUAACUGGCAAAUACAACAACGGAAUUCCAGAAGGAUCACGCUUUGCAAACCACAAAGACUUCUUCGGUGGCGUCGCCGAUUCGCUCCAACAGCCGGAGGGCAAAGCCAAGAUUGAGAAAGUCAAGAAGCUGACCAAGAUCGCCGAACGUCUGGGUGGAAAUGCUGGACAAUUGGCUCUUGCAUGGGCAGCAAGCAAUCCCAAUGUCAGCACAGUUAUUCUGGGAGCCACCAAGGUCGAACAAUUAGUUGACAACCUUGGGGCCAUCAAGCUCUUGCCAAAGCUGGAUGCCAAGGUGCUCGAAGAGAUUGAGGACAUCCUUGACAACAAACCUGCAGCUGCGGCCACGUAUGGACGGUCGAGGUAG